UGUUUACGGGCGGGAAGAGCGAACUGACUGGAAGCUACAGUGUUUAAAAUCGGCAACACAUUUCCCCUGAAAUUCUCCUCUUCAUGCUGGUGGUUUUGCAGGGUUUAAUGGUGCAUUGCGAGGACUUAUAGGGGAGCUUUGCGGAAAAAACGACAGGAUUUACUUAUUCUUUUGGAUCAGAUGGAGGACCCUCCUGCAGAUUCAGCCGAGGGCCCCGUGGUGCAGGUGGCUGAGAUUCGCUGGCCGAUCACGGCUAUCCCUCUCAGGCUGCUGGAGUGGAAAGUCAAGCCUGGUUCUCUUGUAAAUGUGGACUCUGUGUUAGCAUUGUGCGCUCCUAUAGCCCAGGAUAAAGGGGCAGAAACAGCCAGGCUACCCGAGAAAAAGGUGAAAGCAGACCGUGCUGGAGUAGUGAAGGAGCUGUGCUGUCAACUGGGACAAGUGAUUCCUCCAGGGGGUGUCAUCAUCAGAAUAGAAGAAUGCAGCCAUCCCAUAGUAAUGAAGGGUCUAUGUGCCGAAUGUGGUCAGGACCUGACGCAGCUGCAGAGCACAAAUGGGAAGCAGCAAAUUCCCAUCUCCACAGCAACCGUCUCCAUGGUGCACAGUGUCCCUGAGCUGAUGGUCAGCUCGGAGCAAGCGGAGCAGCUUGGCAGAGAGGACCAGCAGAGGCUGCACAGGAACAGGAAGCUGGUCCUGAUGGUGGACCUGGACCAGACCCUGAUCCACACCACGGAGCAGCACUGCCAGCGCAUGUCCAACAAGGGCAUCUUCCACUUCCAGCUGGGCCGAGGCGAGCCGAUGCUCCACACCCGGCUGCGGCCUCACUGCAAGGCCUUCCUGGAGAAAAUCGCCAAGCUCUACGAGUUGCACGUCUUCACGUUCGGGAGCCGCCUCUAUGCACACACCAUCGCUGGUUUUCUGGAUCCUGAAAAGAAGCUUUUCUCUCAUCGGAUUCUUUCCAGAGACGAAUGCAUCGACCCGUUCUCCAAGACGGGGAAUCUAAGGAAUCUCUUCCCCUGUGGCGACUCCAUGGUCUCCAUCAUCGACGACCGAGAGGACGUGUGGAAGUUCGCCCCUAACCUCAUCACUGUGAAGAAGUACAUCUACUUCCAGGGCACGGGCGACAUCAACGCUCCCCCCGGGUCCAGGGAAGCUCAGAUGGCAAAGAAAGCAGGAGGCGCGUCAAGUCGACCGGCGGAGAGCACAGACGGUACGCCUGCCGCUGACGAACAGAACAACGGCCCCAGGAAAAAGCAGAAAGACCAAAGCGUUUCCACCAAGGACGAGUCCACAGCAUCUCAGGAAGUAGCCACAAACGAACGGACACAUCCCACAGGGGUUGUGGAGGACGAGUCAGGGAAAGGUAAAGGGUCGGAGACUGACGCAGACUCCGGGCCGGCGUCGAGGGAAACUCAGGUUAGCGACAGAACAAAUGUCACGGAAGAUGAUAGCAACAGGACAGUGGUUACAAAAGAGGUUCAGGAGGGUUCAAACUCAUCAGCGCCGACCCGUGAGUCCAAUAACUUGGACUUUGACCUUUCCAGUGACAGUGACAAUGACUCCAUUACCGACAAGCCUUCCACACCAGAGAGUUACAGUGAAGGGAAGGCGGAUACGAAAUCUGGGCAGGAAGAGGUCGAGCAGGACCAUGGGGAAGAGGCGAAUGAAGUGGAAAGCAAAAGUAAAAGUGAAGGUUCUGAAUCGGCAGAACCUUCAGGAGUUCUUCUCCCAGACCCCGAGCUGGGUAAUGGUUGCUCGGAUAAAAGAGAACCAGAAACCGAGUCCCAGAACAGUGAGCAAUCUGGGGUCACGAUGGGGGAAGAGCUGCUGGACCAGAGCAUGGAGGACGAGGAGGAAGAGGAGGACGAUGAAGAAGUGGACGUCGACCAGGACGAUCACUUGAUCUACCUGGAGGAGGUUCUGGAGAGGAUCCACGGCGAGUACUACGCACGGUACGAGGCCUUCCUGAAGAAGGAGGCGCCUGAGACGCCGGACAUGCGCAAGAUUGCCCCGGAGCUGAAAAGCAAAACACUGGAGGGCACGACGAUAGUGUUCAGCGGACUUUACCCGACGAACUACCCCAUGGAGAGGACCCGCGAGCACUACCACGCCAAAGCACUGGGGGCCAAGAUCGGCAAGAACCUGGUUAUGAACGCACAAGAUCCCAAUCGGACGACGCAUCUCAUCGCCGCGAGAGCCGGCACGGAGAAGGUCCGUCAGGCUCAGGGCUGCAAGCACCUCCACGUGGUGAACCCCGACUGGCUGUGGAGCUGCCUGGAGCGCUGGGACAGGGUGGAGGAGCAGCUGUACCCGCUGAAGGAGGACUAUACAAAGACGCCGAGGAGCAACAGUCCAGCAGCUUUCCCUGAUAUUCAGGGCUCCUUGCAGAAACAUAUUUUCCAGCCGGCUCCGAUCCACCUCCAACCUCAGCCUGCAGCCCCCGAAGUCCGGACGUACGACCCCGUCACCGGGAAGCUGAUCCGCAGGGGCCCUCAGGUGCCCAGGACCCAGUCCUACCUCCAGGGGUCAGGGCCCUUCUCUGACCACAGAGAGCAGUCAUGUCUCAGGGGAACUUCAUCGAGCCAGCAGGACGGCGCGGCGGGAUCCAGCCAAGACGACGAGCGGCCCGGCCCGUCUCGACGGAAACGGCAGCUGAGCAUGUCGGAAACGAUGCCGCUGUACACACUCUGCAAGGAGGACCUGGACAGCAUGGACCGAGAGGUGGACGACAUGUUGGACGAGGACAGCGACAACGAAAGUGAAAGCCAGGGGAAGGAAAAGACUGGUAAUGAGGAAGGGGAUGAUGAAGAGGAGCAGCAGCAGCAGCCAGGAACUGGAGAGAAAGCAGCAGCAGCAGCAGCAGCAGCAGCAGGAGGGGGAGGACAAAGUGGAGGAGGGCUCGGUACUCAGGAGAUGAGCGUGGAGAAGAAGAAGAUCCAGCCAGCAUCCAGUGAAGACAGUGUGCUAAGGGGCCACAAACGUAAGCACGAUGAAGCCAAGGAGGAGGAGGAGGUGGAGAAAAGAGAGGAGGAUGAAGCGGAGGGAUCUGCUGACGAGUCUUCGAAGGACUCCAACGAGGAAGAAGGAGGCAGCAGCUCGGAGGCGGACGAGAUGGCCGCUGCCCUGGAUGCAGAGCUCAAUGACUUUAUGUGACCAACCUCAGUCACAGGAAAAAGGACAAGAGAAAAACCAGCCCCUGAAAGUGGUAUCUUAAAGAUCCUAUUUUUCUGCUUUUGAAUCUGUGUGUACGUAGGAUGUAUGAGCCAUGAAUGUGAGCUGUAAUAAAAAUGAAUGUCCUGUACAGAAAUGAUGUGUGGCUGUGUAAAUAAAGGCUUAGAUUUGUUUUUUGUAGCAUUGAUAUACGGCCUCUUUCUGGCAUAAAACACUUUGAUGGUAACAUUUUAUUGUAAGAUAACAGAAGCGUAAGAGACGUUAAAAUUUGAUACUUUUUUUCUAUUUCAAUUUUUUAUAUUGGUGAGAAAAAGUUCAAUUCAAUUGUGAAUUUCGCUGGUCGUACAUGCCAAAGAGUUUGGGAUGGGUUUGCCACCGCGUGCAGCUAAAUGUUUUACUGUGGACUUCCAGUUUCUCUUGUUUUUUAGGGUCAGAAAUGCAACCAGCAGAUCUAGGCGUUCUGAAUGUGUUUUCCCUGAGUCAGUUCUUUGUCACCCAGGUGUUUGUACGUUUGAUAACAUUGGUAAUGUAAGGCUUGAAUCAAAUCCAACUUGACUCCCAGUUUAUGUUCAUUUCCAUGUGUUUGUGUACCUUUCCCUUUGUCAUUCCACCUCUACUAUAGCUGUUGUGCAGUUCAGAAGAACAGACUCUAAAUCUCUGAGGAGCUAGCAUGUUACGCCCUCAAAGACGUAUUUUGUCACUUGCCCUUAGUUGUGUCUAUUAGGCAAAAGAGUGGUGCAGGAAUGAGUCCUAAAGCUAAGAAAUGAGUCAGGAUUUUACCACUUUGGUUCCCUCGCCUUGAAAUCGUAUGUCUUUUUCAAAGUUUUUGGGAUUAGACGACUAAAAUAAGGCCCAACUUUAGCCGCCUUAAGCUUAGCGGUGGGGAGGUGAAGUCAUGUGACCGUGCUGUACUUCCUUUAUUGCGUAAUGUUAGCUUUUUACUUAAAGAAACACAAACUGGUGUUAAUAUGUGGAAAUGAUCCUAUCAAACUAAAUGUGUAAGUAUCCUUUUAUUUUUUGAAAUAUUCCAAAAUCGAAUGGAUGAAUCCUUUUGUUUUUUUUCAGGGAAUUGAUGUGAUGCUUACUUCCUGUUGGGACUACAAAAUGACAUCAUCCCUGCACCACCACCACCAGUUUGUUUUGAGGUAUUUCAGUUGUCUGUAGGAAGGAAGAUACCAUCAGUUACAGGUGUUCAGAGAAUAGCAUCACAUGGUUAAAGCCGGUCUGUACGGUAACAUAUAACCACUUCACUAACGGCACGCAUUUCAGGUUCUCACUCUCUUUACUCUCACUUCCAUUUUUAACCUCCAUGUACCAAGGUUGCUUCGAUUCAGAGUUAAUGUUCUAUGUAGAGUCACAUCUACGGCACUGAGUCUUGUUUUUGUCUCUUUGAUAAGUACUCUCUGAAGGCAGGAGAUCAAAUAUCUGCCCCAAAAAAUGGUUCACCUUGAAAUCAAUGUUUUCCUCCUUUCCUUUCCAUCCUGUUUGGUUUUGGUUGUGUUUUCUGUGUGUUUACAUCAUUAGUUUCAAUCAAAACCUGUAAAGUAUUUCUUAUACUUGACCCUGAGAGAAAAGAUGCUUUCGUCAAAUAAAAAGAUGUUUCUAAGACGAUGAA